AUGAAGAAAAAGCUAAGACAUAAAACACUUGUUAUGGCAGUGUACAAUAAGACUGAUGCUCAUCCAUCAACCUUCAUCCUCAUUGGUAUCCCUGGAUUAGAGGCUGCUCACUUCUGGAUCUCCAUCCCCUUUUGUGUGGUAUACCUUUUGGCCCUACUGGGGAACUGCUGUCUUCUGUUUAUCAUCAAGACAGACUCAAGCCUCCAUGAGCCAAUGUACCUCUUCCUAUGCAUGCUGGCUGUGGCUGACCUAGUGGUGUGUACUACAGCUGUGCCCAAACUUCUCAGCCUUUUCUGGUUCCGUGAUCGAGAGAUUCGCUUUGAAGCCUGCCUCACUCAAGUGUUCCUCAUUCACUCUUGCUCUACCAUGGAGUCUGGUUUCUUCCUGGCCAUGGCUUUUGACCGUUAUGUAGCCAUUUGUCAUCCAUUAAGACAUUCAGCUAUUCUGACACACACUGUCAUUGGAGGACUGGGCCUAGCUAUUGUACUCAGGGGCGUGGCACUUCUCAGUCCUCACCCCUUCCUACUUCGUUGGCUUCCCUACUGCAGAACCAAUAUUAUUUCUCACACCUACUGUGAGUUUAUGGCCCUCAUCAAGAUUGCUUGUGCUGAGACAAGAAUCCGCAGAGCCUACAGCCUCAUUGUUGCCUUCCUUACUGGUGGAGUGGACUUCAUACUGAUCAUCUGUUCUUAUGUCCUUAUUCUCAACACUGUCUUUCAUCUCCCAACCAAAGAUGCUCGACUCAAGGCUUUGGGGACCUGUGGCUCUCAUGUCUGUGUCAUCUUAGUGUCCUAUACUCCGGCCUUCUUUUCAUUUCUCACCCACAGAUAUGGUCAUCAUGUGGCUCCCCAUGUCCACAUUUUCGUGGCCAAUGUUUACCUUCUUGUCCCACCCAUGGUGAACCCCAUUAUCUAUGGGGUAAGAACCAAGAGGAUACGGGACAGAUUUCUUCAAUUGUUUAGUUUUUCAAAGCCUUUGGAUUGA